AUGAAUAAUGCUCAAGAAGAGAUUAUUAAAUUGGCAAAAGCAACUCAAAAAGCAAAUACAGAUUUAAUAAACCAAAGGAAACAAAUUCAGAUAACUUAUUCUACAAAUCAGAAAAGAUUACUCGAUAUACAGAAUGAAUUUGAGCAAUUUUCAAAGACAAAUCAAUCAAAAGAACUACAAAAAGAAUAUAAUUCACUUUCUAAUCAUUAUAAUAGUUUGCAACAAGAAAAUAAUGGAAUUUUAGAAGAAAUAGAAAAAAUUAAAGAAUUAUUUCGUCCAGCUGUUGAAAAGUACUGUCAAGAGCGUGAGAUGUGCAAGGAUAUAAAAGCCAAAAAACUUAAAGCUACUUCUGAACUUGAAAAAUUAAAUGAAUACAUUAAAAAAGUUUCAACUACAGUAACAUUAUCACAGCAAAAUGCGAUUCUCAAGGAAGAGUUCGCUCAAAAAGAGAAGAAUUACCUUAAUAAGAUAGACAAAUUGCAAGAAUCUCUAAAAGAUUUACAAUAUCAAUUAGAUCAAAUAAUGGAUGAACGGUCAAAAGCCAAAUUCCAAGUAAGUGAACAAAUUAGUACAAUAAAGGCAUUAGAAGAAAGAAAAGAUAGAAGAGAUAAUUCAAUUGACAAAUUAGAUCGCAGUAUACGUGAAAAAACUCAAGAAUACAACGACAAAGAUGAUUAUCUAAACACUUUAAAGAAAGAAAAAGCAGAUGUACAGAAUGAAUUAGAAAAUGUAUUAAAUGAAAUUACGAAAACGAGAAAAGCAAUUAAAAAGAUGCAACUUAAAACAGCUGAAGCUGAACAAAAGAAACUCGAAGCAGCAGCAAAGUUCGCUCCUCUUGAAAAGGCCUUCACAGACAAAAUCAAUGAAAUUAAAAGCAUUUCUAAGCAGAAAUUUGAUGCUCAAUUAGAAGAUAUUAAGAAAAAUAUGAGUGAGAUAGAUAGUACGCUGAUUCAGAAACGAACCGAAUAUGAAAAUGCUUCAAAUUUGAACAAAGAUCUCAAGGAUAAAGUUCAAUCUCUACAAAAAGAAUUAAAUGAAAAAUCUGCUGAACAAGAGCGUAUUUUGAACGAUUUAAACAUCGAAAAAGCCCAACUUGCGCAAAAACUCGCAGAAGUUACAGUAUAA